GGGGCGAUGCAAGAUGGCGGCACUACCUGAGGAGCCGGCGGAGGUGGCGGCGGUGGUGGUGAAGCCGGACCCUGAGGCGGGAACGCCGCCUCAGCAGCAGCCGCCUCCUGCUGCUCCUCCAGCUGCCGCCGCUCCUGCCGCUCCCCCGGCCGCGGCGGAUGGGGAGGCGGUGGGGAGUGGUGUGGAGGCGGCCCCCUCUAAGGCUGCGGCAGCGGGCCCGGCCGCCUCCCCGUCGGCGGUGGACCGUCAGACACUGGUGGCCGUGCUGCAGUUCCUGCGGCGCAGCAACCUCCGCGAGUCCGAGGAGAUCCUGCGGCGCGAAGCCCGCCUGCUCGGCGAUGACCUCGGCGCUGCUGCCCUCAGCCCCACCGGCACCGGGCUUCUGGGAACGGCGAGCGGCGAUGCGGACGCCGGCGGCGAGGCGCUGCUCAACCGGGUCACCGCUGCUGCCACUAUCGCCAUAGGAGGCAGCGCCGCUGCUGUCGCCUCUUCCAGCCCCGGAGUGGCGGCGGUAGCCGCCGUGCCGCCCGGGAAAGUUGGAGGAGCUGUUGUUGUGGAAGAUCAGCCAGAUGUGAGUGCGGUGUUGUCUGCCUACAAUCAGCAAGGGGACCCCACGCUGUAUGAGGAAUACUACAGUGGCUUGAAACACUUCAUCGAGUGCUCCCUGGACUGUCAUCGAGCAGAAUUAUCUCAGCUGUUCUAUCCUCUCUUUGUGCACAUGUACUUGGAAUUGGUCUACAAUCAACAUGAGAGUGAAGCAAAGUCUUUUUUUGAAAGAUUUCAUGGGGAUCAGGAGUGCUAUUACCAGGAUGACCUGCGUGUAUUAUCUAGUUUAACCAAAAAAGAACAUAUGAAGGGUAAUGAGACCAUGCUGGAUUUCCGAACAAGCAAGUUUGUGCUGCGUAUUUCCCGUGAUUCUUACCAACUCUUGAAGAGGCAUCUUCAGGAAAAGCAGAACAAUCAAAUCUGGAACAUUGUUCAGGAACAUCUUUACAUUGAUAUCUUUGACGGAAUGCCUCGCAGUAAACAACAGAUAGAUGCAAUGGUUGGAAGCUUGGCUGGGGAGGCAAAACGAGAAGCUAAUAAAGCAAAGGUUUUCUUUGGCUUAUUGAAGGAACCAGAAUUUGACGUGCCUUUGGAUGACGAAGAUGAAGAAGGAGAAAAUGAGGAAGGAAAGCCGAAGAAGAAAAAACCUAAAAAAGAUAGUGUAGGAUCAAAAAGUAAAAAACAAGACCCUAAUGCUCCUCCCCAAAACAGAAUUCCUCUGCCUGAACUGAAAGACUCUGACAAACUGGAUAAAGUAAUGAACAUGAAGGAGGCUGCGAGGCGUGUGCGUCUCGGCCCCGAGUGCCUGCCCUCCAUCUGUUUCUACACGUUCCUUAACGCUUACCAGGGUCUGACAGCAGUGGAUAUUACAGAUGACUCUAGCAUGAUUGUGGGAGGCUUUGCUGAUUCUACGGUCAGAGUCUGGUCAGUGACUCCGAAAAAGCUGCGUAGUGUGAAAACAGCAGCAGACCUCAGUCUCAUCGACAAAGAAUCAGACGAUGUCUUGGAGAGGAUCAUGGAUGAGAAAACAGCAAGUGAGUUGAAGAUUUUAUAUGGUCACAGUGGACCUGUCUAUGGCACCAGCUUCAGUCCCGAUAGGAACUAUCUGCUGUCCUGUUCUGAGGAUGGCACUGUCAGAUUGUGGAGUCUCCAAACGUUCACGUGUUUGGUGGGAUACAAAGGACACAACUACCCAGUGUGGGAUACACAGUUCUCUCCGUAUGGUUAUUACUUUGUGUCGGGGGGACACGACAGAGUGGCUCGUCUGUGGGCAACGGAUCACUACCAGCCUUUACGGAUAUUUGCUGGCCAUCUUGCUGAUGUGACGUGUACCCGGUUUCAUCCAAACUCUAACUACAUUGCCACGGGCUCAGCAGACAGGACCGUACGGCUCUGGGAUGUUCUGAAUGGGAAUUGUGUAAGAAUAUUCACUGGACAUAAGGGACCAAUCCAUUCGUUGGCAUUUUCUCCCAACGGACGAUUCCUGGCUACUGGAGCGACAGACGGAAGAGUUCUGCUGUGGGAUAUUGGACACGGCUUGAUGGUUGGGGAACUGAAAGGCCACACGGACACCAUCUACGCGCUCAGAUUCAGUAGAGAUGGAGAGAUUUUAGCAUCAGGUUCAAUGGACAACACAGUUCGCCUGUGGGAUGCCGUGAAAGCGUUUGAAGAUUUAGAAACCGAUGACUUUACGACAGCCACUGGACACAUAAACCUGCCCGAGAACUCCCAGGACUUGUUACUGGGUACAUACAUGACCAAAUCAACCCCAGUUGUGCACCUCCACUUCACACGCAGGAACCUGUUGCUGGCUGCAGGAGCCUACAGCUCCCAGUGACUCGGGAGGUGUCACCACAGUAGGGAUCUCCGGAUGCGAGACCAGGAGGAAUGGUCUACAGGCAGACUCUGCUGGUCUGUUGCAGGACAAACAAAACUAUGUAAAACUAAUGCAGAGCAGCAUCUUCUCAGUUCUGACAUUUCAUAUUUAUCCACGGUUUGAAAACGCUGGAGAUUGACAAGGCAUCAUGACUGUAAAAGAAGGAAUUGCUCAUGGUGCUUUUGAUAAAAUAGAUAUAUAUAUAUAUGUGUGUGUAUAUGAAAAUAGCUGUCUCCUCUCAGAGAUGGUAUUGAGCUCUGCUGAAACUUGUGGAAAGUUAACAGCCUUGGUAUGUGUUCUCAAAUGAUUUUAUUAUUUUUUUUUUUUAAAGCACUUAAUUUAUGGUUAGCAAAUGUUUAAUCAGUCUCAGACGCAAGCAAAAACUCUUCAGUUUCAGGAAAGAAGAAUGUAGUGGAAUUCAGUGUCGCCUGGGCUGGGCAACGGGUAUGGCCAGAGUCUGGCAGCGACAAAUGGGGCAUUGAAAGGAGCAGGUCCUACAGCCAGGGGCUUGUGGGGACCUGCCACCAAGUUACCUGGGGGGGCUUGAUCCAUCCAAUUACUAAGUCCUAAAAAGUUUCAAACUCCAGUGAUCUUUUUGUAUCAGAAACACAGAUCUUGUUAUUCUGUUUUCACAGGUAGCCAGUGCUGUAAGUGUGGUAAGCAACCAGAACUGCAAUGUGAACUUUAUUUACUUUCAUGCUUUCUUGUAUGAAGAAGAAAAAAAAAAAAGGGGCAGGGGGAGAAUGGGACAGGACUGAGGCACAACUGAAAAGUUAUUAAAAAAAGUGGACUUUAACCCUUUUACGUUGUAUUAGAUCUAAAAGAACUUUCAAAACCUGGAUAAGAUUUAAUAUAUCAAAAUGUAAAACUAGCCAAGAAAUGGAAAUACUAUUGCAGAGUAAAAGGAUUAAUGAGUCCUGUGUUAUCACCAGUUCUCUCUUGAAAGGCCAAGCUUGUCUGCUGAUGGGACAAUUUCCACCCACAAAAACCUUGCACCCCAGUAAGUCCUCUGGGACAAGCAAUAAAGCUCAGGGCUUUAUUUCUAAUGAGGUGUAAAAUGUGCAAAACACUGGGAAGUAUCACUUUGGUGUGGGUUUGGGUUUGUGUGGCAUGGGUUGUUCGUUGUUUUCUGGUUUUAUUAGAUCUCUUACCAGCUGUAUACAGGGAACCCAGUAUUGUGUUCCUCAUUACUUCCAGUAAGGGCUUUGACACUUACAACAACAAUCUGCUGCCUCUUUAGUGAACAAUUUGACAACAAUCUGUUGCCUCUUUAGUGAAAAUAAAACCAUGACUUGACAUUUCUAAGGUAAAGGAAAUAGAGAACUACCUCCCUUCUCACCCCUUCUCUAACUCGUAGAGUAAAGGUAUAUUACAGGCAUUAUACAUCAGUGUAAUGGGUGGAAAAUUCAUUAGGAAGAUCACCUCGAAAUUUUCCUUAAAGAAAAAAGGUUAAAACUAAAUUAUGUUGGGUCUUUUUUUGUGUGUAAUGGUACCUCAAAAUUUCUUUGCUCUCAAUUGGGUUUAAGUACAAGUUCUGGUGAAUCAAGCAAAUUACUUAAAGCAUGUACAGUAUUGACAGCGUAAAGAAACACUGCCACAUCCUGCCUUUGUAUUUUGUACAGUUUUAUACUUUUGAUAUUAUAAUAAAAUACUAAAACAACGUA